AUGUCUUUGCAAUCUCAACAAAGAUUCGAAAACGUAUACACAGAUGAUCCUGGAUCCAUGAAUGGAACUACUGGAUUAUUAAGACGUGUUUCUUCAGCAAUAAGAUUCACAGGAAUUAUAGAGGCAUGGAUUGAAGAUGGAAGUAGCAAUAUAACGUCAUCCACUUUACCAUCGAAUGAGGAUAGUGAAGAUGAAUGGGAUCCAUCAGAUGAAGAGGAGGAACAGUUUUUGUUUGUUAGUUCGUCGUCGGGGUUAACAAAUCAAAUGCAUUAA